UUAUAACAUUGAAUGUUUGUUAAGACUUUAAAGAUGACAGGAUUAAGAUUAUUAAGUAUUCUUCUUCUUUUCUCCUUCCUUCUCCUUAUCCUAGUAUCCGUAGUCCAGGCCCGGGAUUCAGACGGGGAUGGGAUAGCAGAUGAAGAUGAUCUAGAUGAUGAUAAUGACGGUAUCCCUGAUACUGAAGACCUGGACGAUGAUAAUGAUGGAAUUCCUGAUGUUGAUGAUGAUGAUUGGCUGGGACAUGAUGAGAUGUGAAGAUAUCAGCUGAUAUAUAUAUCUGUAGAAAACUUUAAAACCCCACCAAAUAUGUUUCUUGUUUGUUAUCGCAAUUUUAAAUGGUCCUUUCUUUUAUAAAGUGUCGAGUCAUAAUCAAAUCAUAUGGAUCCGUUAAACCUUCAUUUGAAACUAAAAAAAACGAAGAUAUUAAUGUAAAUCCUCAACCAAAAAAUGGGUUACAUUAAAUUAGCAGGACUAAUAAUUUUUCCAUGAUUAGUCUGUAUAUUUUACUAAUAAAUUUUAAAUCUUAA